AUGGAGGAUCAUGUCCUGAAGAAGCUGAAUGCCAACGGACCAGCUCCGCACAUCCCAAACUUAAACUUAUAUGGAAAAAAGAUGAAUUUCUCCUAUAUGGUCAUGACGUUAUUGGGGAGAAAUCUCCAAGACCUGGAAUCAACGAAUUUUGUUGUGAACAAAGGAUUUUCACGUGGAACAUGGAGCCGUGUUGGAAUUCAAUGGGUUUAUGCAUUGAAAUAUGUGCACUACAAUGGAUUCAUCCAUCGUAAUGUGAAUACACAAAACUUAUUUUUGGGAAAUGAGAAGGAUAGUGAAAGAGCAAAAAUCAUUCACAUCUUGGAUUUUGGUCUUGGAAGACCUUUCGCUCGUUAUCAUGCCCGAGAGAAUAAAUGGAUUGUACGUAUAGCUCGUCAUUCUGCAGAGUUUCGUGGGAGUUUUCGUUACGCGUCUCCGAAUGUCCAUCUCCGUAAAGAGCAAGGACGAGUUGACGAUGUAUGGUCACUGCCCUACGUCAUCAUUGAGCUCAACGGCGGAAAGGCACUCCCAUGGCAAACCGAUUAUCGACGCGGACGUGUGGAGCAAAUGAAGCUGAACUUGACGCCAAAGGAUGUCAUGUCUGAUAUGCCAGCUUGUAUGGAUAAAUUGAUGCCUCAUUUGGCUUCCCUCAAUUACUACCAAAGACCGGAUGAUCACAUGAUCUUCAAGUGUUUCUGGCAAGUCAUGGAGAACGAGAAGAUCACUCCAAGUUCAAAGUUCGACUGGGAAAAUGAGGAGCCUGAUAUGUCUGUUCCACCUGCAGCUUGGGAGAAUCCAGACGGACGCUACUUCCAAUCCAAUCCUCUUGAAAUCAACGGCCCACCUACUCCAGCCGAAGUGGAUUUUGUUCUUUAA